AUGGAGAACUACCAGAAACUCGAGAAGAUUGGCGAGGGCACGUAUGGCGUGGUCUACAAGGCCCGCGACCUCGGCAACGGCGGCCGCAUCGUCGCCAUGAAGAAGAUCCGCCUCGACGCCGAGGACGAGGGCGUGCCCUCCACGGCCAUCCGCGAGAUCAGCCUGAUGAAGGAGCUGCGCGACCCCCACAUCCUGCGCCUGCUCAACAUCGUCUACGUCGACAGCCACAAGCUGUACCUCGUCUCCGAGUUCCUCGAGCUCGACCUCAAGAAGUACAUGGACGCCCUGCCCGAAUCCGACGGCGGCCGCGGCCGCGCCUUCCCCGUCGGCAUCGGCCCGGGGCUCAGCCGCCUCGGCCUCGGCGACAUGAUCAUCAAGAAGUUCAUGAGCCAGCUCUGCAAGGGGGUGCGCUACUGCCACGGCCACCGCAUCCUGCACCGCGACCUCAAGCCGCAGAACCUGCUCAUCGACCGGGACGGGAACCUCAAGCUCGCCGACUUUGGCCUCGCCCGCGCCUUCGGCGUGCCCCUGCGCACCUACACGCACGAGGUCGUCACCCUCUGGUACCGCGCCCCCGAGAUCCUGCUCGGCGGCCGCCAGUACUCCACCGGCGUGGACAUGUGGUCUGUGGGCUGCAUCUUUGCCGAGAUGUGCACCCGCAAGCCUCUCUUCCCGGGCGAUUCCGAGAUUGACGAGAUCUUCAAGAUCUUCCGACUGCUCGGCACUCCCACCGAAGAAAUCUGGCCCGGCGUGACCUCAUACCCCGACUUCAAAUCGAGCUUCCCCAAGUGGUCGCGCGACCUUUCAAAGCCAAUAUGUACGAAUCUCGACGACGUCGGGCUGGACCUGCUGGAGAUGAUGCUGGCCUACGAUCCCGCCGGCCGCAUAUCUGCCAAGCAGGCUUGUAAUCACCCAUACUUUGAGGAGCAGUUGGAAUAG